AGUAGCGGCUUGUCACCUUUCGCAUAAAUGCUACUCGCCAGGAAUCUCCCUCGAUUCCUGUUCAUCUUCCACACACACUUCAUCAAGAGGUCUGGCAGCAAGAAAUACGAGAUGAAGUUAAUGGAUUCCGCCAACCUCUUAACUACUGCUAGAUCGUCUACCUUGGAUGAUGGUGAAGAGAAUUCCACAAGGAAGGAGAAGGUAGCGCUGCGCAUCCUCCUCCACAUGAGAGAAGAAGAGGACACGGCCAUGGCGGAGAGGUUUUCUGUGAGUUCCACCAAGCAGCUGCCAACAAUCGCCGAAGAGAUUCCAGUGUCCCCGAGCGCGAAGAAUCAGCAGCAGCAGCAGCAGCAGCAGCAGCAGCAACAGCGAAGACGAGUGGCUGCAAGCAGCAAGAGCAGCACGAGUGAGGACGACGAGAUGCAAGCAAACUUUGAGAAGCUGUGUACCAGAGCGACGGGUUGCCGGCCUUUGAUAGGAAUCCUCUCCAGCAUCAUCGCUUGCGGGAAUCGAGCGACUUCUCCAGUUCCUGCUGCUAGAUCAGAGCAUAGUUCUUCGCCAGCUACAAACUCGAGGACGAUCAGGCUCCGGCAGCAGCCGACUCAGGAGCUCCUGGAGUUGAGCAAACGGCAGCAAUCGGCACUGGUUGACAAGCAGGACACGAUCGACAUGCUAGAGUGGCAACUGGAGCAGCUGCAAAGCAUGGCGAUGAAAGAGCGAGAGAUCACAGGUAUUUGCUGUAGGCACAAAGGGAGUCCACUGUUAGUCCCGCAGAGAAACCAGAGCAAGGAAACGCUUACCACCGAGGGAAAUGGCGAAGAAUGCUCCGUCCUUAGUGAGAAGCGCGUCGGGGGAGCGAUAAAGUCUCGCGAGGGAAACACCACUCUUCCACCACGAAGAUCGUCGUCACCGGCAGUAGACCACGUUUCCAUGGAUAUGGAGAUCACUGCCACCGAGCUCCUCCUUGAGAUGACGGUCGUGCGAGCGACUCUGGCCAUUCGGAAGUUCUGCAAAGUCUUCAUGAAGCAGAUGGAGAUGUCCGGCUACUCGGUGUUGCGAGCUCUGGGAGAUCUGGAGCCGAGGACAGUCUUUGCAAAGAAGGAACACACGGCGUUCGCUCUGGAGUCUCGCAUCAACAAGGCCCUGUUCCACUGCUUCGAGAACGAAAGCUUCGACCACUUUGGCAUCACCAAGAUCCUCAACCCGUCCCAGCGAGCUCUUGCCAGGCUCGAGGAGUUCCAACGGAUGAAGCUGCUGGAUAUCGCGGAUGCCGUCAACCCGGCCCACGCCAACUUUGAGCCCGACUUCCUCAACUUUUGCGAGAACAAGACUCACGAUAUGUGGGGUCUCUUUCCUUGGACGAUCAUCUUCAAGGCGACGGCUGAGAGGAACUGCUUCACCUCGGCUUUCAUCAACGCUUGCAAAGGCGUCUGGUUGCUGCACCGGCUCGCUUACUCGAUGAACCCGGCGGCUGGGAUUAUCAGAGUCGGACGAGGAAUGGACGUCAAUCCCGUUUACGUAGAACCAGUUGUGCAUCCAGCUUCGCCGUGCAAGAGUUGUAAGAAGAGUAAGCUGGAGUUCAUGGUGAUGCCAGGUUUCAGAACCCAGAAGAAGGCCGUCAAGUGUUCAGUGUACGUGCACUUCGAGUGCAAAUGACUGCAUUAUUUUGGAAAGUUGAGAAAACAAAAAAAUAAAAACUGAUUUGUCUAGAA